AUGAACUCCUGGUACACAGACUCUCAGUACACCGAAUUGGCAAGUCACUGCGUCGAGGCUCCUUUCGACGAGCUCCCUGUCAUUCACGAUUGCGACACCAUCAAACUUCAGUGGACCUACAACAACCAUUCUCUUUACCUCGGGCAAGAUCUUCCCAACGGAAAGACUGUCUUUGGAUACGCCGAGUGGCCCCGCGGUCAAUUGGAGGGUACCAUCAAUGCCACUAAGAUUGUUGACACAAAUUAA